AUGGAAUCGCUAGACGUGGCCGAAAACCUAUCCAGCCUGUCGGGCAUGGUGUUUAAAAUCGACCAGAACGAGUUCGGGCUCUUGGUGGACCAGAACGGCACGAGUUACCUAAACGACACCAAUGUGACGAUGGACCCGAACCGAACUUAUUAUAUUUUCGAGUCUGUUUACCCAUCAACGUACUCGAUACCAGAAAUAGUUGUCGCUUCCGUCGUGGUAAUCAUGCUCAUGAUCGUCGUCGUCGUGGGCAACAUGCUGGUCAUCAUUGCCAUCGUGACUGAGAAGGCUCUGAAAAACGUGCAGAACUGGUUCAUUGCCAGCCUGGCCGUGGCCGACUUCUUCCUGGGCAUAAUCGUCAUGCCGUUCUCGUUGGCCAACGAGCUGAUGGGCUAUUGGAUAUUCGGCGACUGGUGGUGCGACAUACACGCCGCGCUCGACGUGCUACUUUGCACCGCGUCCAUCAUGAACUUGUGUCUGAUAGCCCUGGACAGGUACUGGUCCAUCACGCAGGCCGUCGAUUAUUUGAAGAAACGCACGCCAGCCCGGGCCAUGGUCAUGAUCGGUUUCGUGUGGAUAUUCAGUGGAGUCAUUUGCAUACCACCUCUGCUCGGCUGGAAGGUCAAGAGGAUACCAGAACGAUAUCCAAAAUGCCAGGUAAGGUUCUCUAUAAUUUAA